GUUGCAUUGUAUUAAAUUAUCUUCCUCCGCGCACUUUGAAUUAUUGGGGAGAGUCAGCCCGGCCUCCUCCCUCCCUACUCGACUCUGUUACGGCCGUUUGCUCGCGAUAACCAACCACCAUGGCGUCGUAUCUCGAUAACGCAUACAGUUUGGUCCAUAUGGACAACACUGCGGAUCAGCCAUCCUUGCCGGAGCUGAAAUUGCAGCUGGAGAAGGGCAAUGAUGAAACGAAGAUGGACACAAUGAGGACGAUCAUCACGAUCAUGCUCAACGGAGACCCAAUGCCCCAGCUCUUGAUGCAUAUCAUUCGCUUUGUCAUGCCGUCUAAAAGCAAGUCAUUGAAGAAGCUGCUUUACUUCUACUACGAAAUCUGUCCUAAGCUUGACGCAACCGGCAAGCUCAAGCAGGAGAUGAUCUUGGUUUGCAAUGGCAUUCGAAAUGAUCUCCAGCACCCCAACGAAUACAUUCGAGGAAAUACCCUUCGAUUCCUGUGUAAGCUCCGCGAAGCGGAGCUCAUCGAGCCACUUCUCUCAUCGGCCCGCUCAUGCUUGGAACACCGACACGCCUACGUGCGAAAGAAUGCAGUUUGGGCCGUCGCCUCCAUUUUCCAGCACUCGGAAUCCCUCAUCCCAGACGCACCAGAGCUCAUUCAGACUUUCCUUGACUCGGAGACCGAUAGCACCUGCAAGCGCAAUGCAUUCGCGGCUCUCAUGUCCAUCAGUCACCAAAAGGCUCUCGAAUACUUGGCCUCGACAUUCGACACUAUUCCAAACACUGAUGAAUUGCUGCAACUGGUGGAGCUUGAAUUCAUCAGAAAGGAUGCGGUGCAGAACACGCAGAACAAGGCGAGAUAUUUGCGGUUGAUUUUCGAUCUCCUCGAUGCAUCUACGAGCACUGUUAUCUAUGAGGCUGCGACAUCCCUCACGGCUCUUACCAGUAACCCCGUCGCUGUCAAAGCUGCUGCGGGGAAGUUGAUCGAACUGUGUAUCAAGGAGGCUGACAACAACGUCAAGCUCAUCGUUCUGGACCGAGUUGACCAACUGAGAAUUCGCAAUGAGGGUGUUUUGGAUGAUCUCACAAUGGAAAUCCUGCGUGUUCUCUCUAGCACCGACAUCGACGUCCGUCGCAAGGCUCUCGGCAUCGCUUUGGAAAUGGUUUCGAGCAAGAAUGUGGAGGAAAUCGUUAUGCUUCUGAAGAAGGAGCUUGCUAAGACAGUGGACGAGCAAUAUGAAAAGAACAGCGAAUACCGCCAACUUUUGAUCCAAUCGAUACACAACUGCGCAAUCAAGUUCUCCGAAAUUGCCGCCAGCGUUGUCGAUCUUCUGAUGGACUUCAUUGCAGACUUCAACAACAACUCGGCAGUUGAUGUGAUUUCCUUUGUCAAGGAGGUUGUCGAGAAGUUUCCCAAUCUGCGUGCUUCCAUUGUUGAUCGCUUGGUUUCGACCCUGAGCGAGGUUCGUGCCGGAAAGGUCUACCGUGGUGUUCUGUGGGUUGUCGGAGAGUACUCUUUGGAAGAGAAAGACAUUCGUGAGGCUUGGAAACGGAUCAGAGCAAGUCUCGGAGAGAUUCCAAUCUUGGCCUCUGAGCAGCGACUGCUCGACGAGGUUCCAGAUGAGAAUGCCAUCAAGGAACAGAUCAAUGGACACUCUAAGCCUGCGGCUCCCACUGGAUCCAGAAAGGUGCUAGCUGACGGCACUUACGCAACUGAGAGCGCCCUCACGAGCCAAUCCGCUGCCGCUGCUAGACUCGAGGCAGUCAAGGCCGCCCAGAAGCCCCCUCUUCGUCAAUUGAUUUUGGAUGGUGACUACUACCUGGGCACCGUUCUGUCAUCCACUUUGACCAAGUUGGUGAUGCGUCAUUCAGAAGUUUCCGAAGAUACCGCCCGCACCAACGCCCUUCGCGCAGAAGCAAUGCUCAUUAUGAUCUCGAUCAUCCGUGUCGGUCAAUCUCAAUUCGUCAAGGCCCCUAUUGAUGAAGAUUCGGUCGACCGCAUCAUGUGCUGCGUGCGUUCUCUUGCCGAGUUCUCUCAGAGGAAGGAGCUGGAGACCACAUUUUUGGAGGAUACUCGGAAAGCCUUCCGCGCCAUGGUUCAAGUCGAAGACAAGAAGCGGGCCGCUAAGGAAGCGUCUGAGAAGGCAAAGACUGCUGUCCAAAUCGAUGAUGCUAUCCCAAUCCGACAGUUCACCAAGAAGACAGGCAUCGAGGGCGCAGAAGAGAUUGAGCUUGAUCUGGCUAAGGCCACUGGUGGUGACUCGACAGUGGAGACUGUGUCUUCGAAGUUGAGUAGAGUGGUACAGCUGACUGGUUUCUCGGACCCUGUUUAUGCCGAAGCCUAUGUCACUGUUCAUCAAUUCGACAUUGUACUUGAUGUGCUUUUGGUCAACCAGACUCUUGAAACUUUGCAGAAUCUCUCCGUUGAGUUCGCGACACUGGGCGAUCUGAAGGUCGUCGAGCGGCCAGCCACUCACAACCUGGGACCGCGCGACUUCUUGAAUGUGCAGGCUACGGUCAAGGUGUCGUCGACGGAUACUGGUGUCAUUUUCGGUAACAUUGUGUACGACGGCGCUAGCUCGACGGAAACCCACGUUGUCAUCCUCAACGACAUCCAUGCGGACAUCAUGGACUACAUUCAGCCUGGCCACUGUACCGAGACUCAGUUCCGGACUAUGUGGACCGAAUUCGAGUGGGAGAAUAAGGUCAACAUCAACUCUAAGGCCAAGACCCUUCGCGAAUUCCUCAAGCAGCUGAUGGAAAGCACCAACAUGGCCUGUUUGACACCCGAGGCAUCCCUCAAGGGAGACUGCCGGUUCUUGAGUGCCAACCUGUAUGCCCGGAGCGUAUUUGGUGAGGAUGCCCUUGCGAACUUGAGUAUCGAGAAGGAAGGUGAAGACGGACCCAUCACUGGAUUUGUGCGGAUAAGAAGCCGUUCACAAGGUCUGGCGUUGAGCCUGGGAUCCCUCAAGGGUCUUAAGGCCUCGACGGCAUGAAUAGAUUAUAACCGUUCGACCAGCGUUUGAUUAGUUGUUAUUCCCUCAUAUUAUAUUAUUUCUUCUUUUUUGAGUGUUUGUGUUCUAUUUUUUUUCUUUCUCUUCUGAUGAACGAAUUUGUUACCUAUAUGCCUCUUUUUAUUGUGUUGUACUGGGUGAGAAAAGGCUUCUUUCGAAUGGAACAAUUACAUUACAUCCUUUGUCUAUUCCUAUUCUUUACUGUUGGAGCGACACGAUCUGCCAUGGCCCAAUUCACCAAUAUCAAUCCAUCUCGAUUCCCCGCUGUUGAUCCACUGGUCGCGAUGCCUCGGUUGUGGCGAUCGCGGUGGCUGAUCGAUAGAGUUAUGUCUGAACGAUAUUUUUGCAUAAUGAUAGAACAGUCUAUAAAAAAAGAAUAGAAGAAAUUGAUGCAUAUGCCUCC